AUGUGCUCGAGCAAGCCCACACCAGCAGUAGUGCAUCCGGCCGACUAUGCGGGCGACGCCAGUCUCAAUUUAUCCGGGCGGAUCUUGGAUGUGGUCACGUCUCUUCCGACACGGAUCACCAGAAAAUUGAAUCGUGAUACACAGCAGCAAUACUGGGACGUGGAGCCCUUGCGUGGCCAGCUGGCGCUCUCGCUGUCUCUUUUCUUUUUGCUGCAGCAAACGUCCUGGGAGACCCACAUUGUGGGCUGGACGGGCGAGCUUGUGAACAGAACAAACCGUGCCAGCGACCUCACUGCCGACAACAUCCAGAGCGACCCGCUCUACUUGGAUGAAGAGGACAAGGAUGAUCUCGAGCGGAAGAUCCAACGUGCCACCAAAACUGAGCACGUGCACCCGGUGUGGUUGCUUCGGAGAGACCAGGGCCGCUGGCGCAAGUACGCGGAGAAGACCAUCUGGUCUGUUUUCCAUUACAUCCAGGACCAGCUGGGCGUGGGCUACGAGGACGGCCAAGACUGGUACGACUACGUCAAGUUCAACGAGGCGUACUUCCAGAAAAUCAAGGCCAUCUACCGCCCGGGUGACGUCAUCUGGAUCCACGACUACUACUUGCUCUUGUUGCCCCAGCUCUUGCGCAUGGAGUUUCCUGACGCGUUCAUCGGCUUGUACAUGCACGCACCCUUUCCAUCUUCGGAGUACUUCCGCUGCUUGCCGAAACGCGUGCAGCUACUUGACGGCAUGCUAGGCGCCGAUAAAAUCGGAUUUCAGAACGAGUCUUUCACUCGUCACUUUUUGAGUUGCUGUGCCCGUAUCAUGGGGUACGAGAUCACGAAGAACUCCGUCUUGGCGUACGGCACCACUAUCUCCGUGGAGUCGUUGCCAAUUGGGAUUGACACGAGACGUCUAGAGCACGACGCCUUUUCCUCGGACUUGGAUAUUGAUCGGAAAGUCCGGGCCCUUCGCAAACGCUACUCGGGUAAGAAGAUCAUCAUUGGCCGUGAUAGGUUGGACUCAGUCCGCGGUGUUCCCCAGAAAUUACAGGCUUUCGAAAUGUUUCUUCACAUGUUUCCCGAAUGGCGCCAAAAAGUGGUGUUAAUCCAGGUCUCUUCCCCUGGAUAUUCCAACGAUAGGAAGAUCGAGAAGAAGGUCUCCGAGUUGGUGAGCCUGAUCAAUGCCCGCUAUGGAAGCUUCAACCACACACCCAUCCAGCACUUCCAGUUGCGCAUUAAUCGCGAUGAAUAUCUUGCCCUUCUCCGUGUGGCUGACUUGGCCCUCACGACUUCCUUGCGUGAUGGCAUGAAUACCACAUCGUUAGAGUUUGUUGCAUGUCAGAGACAAAAGAAGUCGCCGCUCAUUUUGUCUGAAUUUACUGGUACUGCAUCUGUUCUCCAAGAGGCCGUCUUGGUAAACCCAUGGGACGCUGUGGGCGUGGCAAAAACCAUCAACAAAUGUCUCCACAUGCCUGAGCAUGAAAAAGCUGAUUUGCAGGACACCCUUUACAAAAAAGUGGUGUCGAACAAUGUCCAAUCUUGGACCUCAACAUUCCUUGAGCAUCUCAUUGACCAUUCGGCAAAAAUACAUGAGACUCAUUUGACUCCUACUUUGAACAGACCACGCUUGCUUCAGGCUUACCAAAAGGCAGAGCGGCGCUUAUUUUUAUUUGAUUACGAUGGAACGUUGACACCUAUAGUGAAAGACCCGGCCGCGGCCAUCCCUUCACAGAAGCUCUUGAAAAUCAUUGAUGCGUUAACUAAGGACCCCAAGAACCAGUUCUGGAUCAUUUCUGGUAGGGACCAGGCGUUCUUGGAGAAGUGGUGGGGUCUGAAAAAUGUCGGUUUAUCUGCGGAGCACGGGUGCUUCUUGCGAGAUGUGGGCGGGCUGGAGUGGUACAAUCUUGCUGAGACCAUGGACAUGUCUUGGCAAGUAAAAGUUGAGGAAGUUUUCCGCAGGUACACCGAAGAAACCCCUGGGUCGAAUGUCGAAAAAAAGAAAGUGGCACUUACUUGGCACUACCGCCGGUCGGAUCCUGAGCUCGGGAAGUUCCAGGCAGACAAGUGUUUAAACGAGCUUCGGGACACGCUUGGAAAAGAGUACGAGGUAGAGGUGAUGUAUGGCAAAGCUAAUGUCGAGGUACGACCACGAUUUUUGAACAAGGGUGAGAUUGUCAAACGGUUGGUGCUUUGCCGUCACGGGGCCAAGCAGGAGCCGCAUGUGGUCAAGCUAGACCCAGAUGCAACGCCCAUCAACGAAUUACCUGAUUUUAUGUUGUGUUUGGGAGACGACGUUACCGACGAGGAUAUGUUUCUGUCCUUGAAGGACAUUGAAGCACAAUGGCACUUGAAGGAAUUGCCGAAAAACGAAGCUGGCGCAUACGGUGUUUACCCAGUGCUUGUUGGCCCUGCGGCCAAAAAGACGCUUGCAUCUGCGCAUUUGAAUAACCCGCUGCAAGUCAUUGAUACGUUGGGUCUUCUACUGGGGCAUGUCUCUUUAUUUGAAAGCGCCGGAUCUGUUGAUUUGGAUGAUCGUGGUCACGUCACUAACAGUGAGUCCAGCGAGCGGUCAAAACUUCAUGCGGCUUCGAUGAGAAAAGAGAACAGCUCAAGGUCCUCCAUGGAGUAG